AUGUCGAAACGCGGAGCAGAGCAACAAGACGGCGUCAUCGUCAAAAGGGCACGGUCUUCUGAGGCAGAGACCAGCCAGCAGCUCAUCAUCUCCUCGUCGAACAAUGAGCGGCAGCAGGGUCUCAUCCGUUCGGUAACGCGGACUAGCAGUCUCGAGGCCCCCAUCGUCAGCCUUUCCGGUGCACAUUCCGCCGAAAUCUUGAGCUGUCGUUUCGACCCUAGUGGCCAAAAUAUUGCCGCCUGCUCGACAGACCGCUCCAUCUCCCUCUGGCGGACGUACUCGCCCAACACCAAUUAUGGCCUCCUUACGACGACGCACAAGGCCCCCAUCAUGGAUCUGCAGUGGUCCCUGAUGCACCCCCUCCUCUACACCGUCUCCGCGGACCACACACUCGCGUACACGGAUCUCGCGACGGGCACGCGCGUGCGCCGUCUGCGUGCGCACCGCGAGAUCAUCAACGCGCUCGACCGCACCGUCGCAGGCGGCGCAGGCGUUGAGCUCGUCGCCACCGCUUCAGACGACGGGACAGUGCGCGUGUGGGAGGGCGGAGACGAGGGCAGCAAGGAGCCCGUCAGUGUAUUCGAGAUCGGGUGCCCGGUAACGAGCGUGGCGUGGAGCGCAGAUGGCUCGACGAUAUACGCGGGAGCGCUGGACAACGAGAUCCAUGUCCUCGACCUCCGUAAACAGACCCAGCUCUCCACCCUCAUCGGCCACGCCGACACGCCCACGGGCCUCUCACUCUCUCCAGACGGCGCAUACCUUCUCUCGUCCUGUUUUUCCUCGCAGACUCUCAUCCACGACGUCCGUCCGUUUUCGCCGUCCCCGAAUCGCAUCCACCGCGUGCUCGGCGGGGCACCUGCUGGGUUCGAGAACACGCUGCUCAAGGGCGCGUGGAGCAGGGAAGACGGCGGACGGAGGGUCGCCCUCGGUGGCGCAGAUCGGACGGUCACCAUCUGGGACGUUGAGAGCGGAAAGGUGCUGUACAAGCUGCCCGGCCACAAGGGCACAGUCACAGCCGUCGAUUUCCACCCCAGAGAACCCAUCAUCCUCACUGCGAGCAAAGACGGUACAAUGCUCCUUGGUGAGAUCGAGCCUGGUGCAGCAUGAUCACAAAAGAUUCUGUACUUUUUGGAACCCGGACUCAAUUGUAUCCUUGCUAAUCACUAGUAAUCUAUUAUACUCCUCUG